GUUAUCUUUCCUUUGGUGACCCUCCUCGUAAUACAAUGUACAGCACAUCAGUGUUGGUGUAAAUGCUAAACCAUGAGAUAUGGGGAACAAACUUUGCGGACCCCUCCUGAAAAAAGCAUACAGACACGAAGAUUAUCCCUGGCAUAUACGAAAGGAUUCCCACCUGCUCAGACUCUGGGCAGAGAUAUUCCGGGUACAAGGAGACGGAGAUGGCAUGCGAUGGAAGCGUGUGUCGGAGGAUGUGGUGCCAAUUAACAUAUCUUGUGUGGAGGAUAACCCGGACACAGUGUUCCAGGUGACUGCCUACAACAGACACGUGGAGAAGAUCUUUGAUGUCAAGAUUAUACAGCCAGGGACUAUAAUAUGUCCAGCCACUGAGAGCUUUGUCCAUUGGCGUGACUCUGCGGCCAAAGUCGAGUGGGGCCUCAAUUUCACCACCCCGUCAGAUGCCAAGCGUUUCCGGGACUGCUGCACUAAUCCAGCUCAGAAAUUUUGUAGGAAGGCAUCCUCAGCCAGUUCCCUUCGACUGAGUCCACCAAAGGUAAGAAAUAGGAUAAAGGGCAAAGACACAUCAGUUUCCUCUCCCAACUCACCCGUUCAUCACAACAAGAGAGCCGUGUCAAGUCCAUUUGAGCUUGGCUUCCCUGAGACAUGUGACCAUCUGACAGCAGACAUCGACCUCAGUCAGCCAGAUAAAAAGGAGAAGUCUGCAACUAUUCCUCGGACAGGAGCAGACUCAGAACAGGAUGCACAGUUAUUUAGACCAACAGGAAUUCUAAAACCACCAUCAAGUUCCUCUGUGUAUGAUAAUGUCAGCAACGCUCCAGCAAGGAAAUCCAACGAAACUGAAACAUGUGUUAAUAAUCGGAAAUCCAUGCCCGCAGUGGGCACAACCCAUGUCUCUUUUGUAGUUGAUAACUUGUUACAAAACACUCGACCUGCAUCUGCCAUACAAUUCACAGAACAGUAUUAUCAGACCCAGUAUGACAAUGAAUCUGGCGCUUGUCAGAAAGGAGCAGGUCGGUGCUCGUCUGCUACCUUACCUGCGGGGAUCUCUAAGACAUAUGAAAAUGUACGAAUGGAGACAGCCUUUGUUGGUGACUCUUCAAGGUCAUGUCAAGGUCUGAGUUAUUGUGAUAAGCACGGUGACAGUGUCACAGUUCUGUCACCACAGGCAGUGAAGCCUGGCACAUUGUCUCAGAAAACUUCAUCUUCAGAAUCCCCAGAAUGGCCAUCUCCCCCAGAGCCCCUGACCCCUAUGACCCCUGUAAACCCUAUGUGCAAUGUUGACUUUGAUAGUUCUGUGUUAAAGCGUAUGUUACAGUCCCUUCCAGUUUCUCCUGAAGAAAUAGAUAUUAACAAAGACCAAGGAUUCCAUGAGGAUCCAGUUUUACGUGAUAAUCCAAAGAUUGACAAUCCAGAAAUGUUGAAGCGAGCUAAAAGUUUUACCUCACGGGAUAGGUCAGAGGUCAGGGCAGCAUUUGCAGCCCAGCACAGCAUGAGCAUAGUCCCUAGUCAGGACCGACCCCAGGGUCACCCCAAAGUUGUGUCAACCAAAUCCAAACAGACCAAGCUCCUCAUUGAGAAUGAGCUGCGUCUGCGGAACAAAUGUGCACGGGAGAGUUACGGACGAGACAGCUACCCGGACAGUGGAAUUGGUGGGAUGACGGGAGACACUGCAGGCUCUGUGUGGUCAAGUGACAGCGUCAAGGCCUCCUCCAACAUGACAGGUCUGGAAGUUGGGUCGACAAAGACGGGUGGUUCGUCAGGCGGUAGCAGCCACGGCAGCAGUAGUAGUGGUCGUCACAGUGACAUCAUCAACCAGCUGGGGGAAGGCUCUGACAUCAAACAGUUCAUGUCACCAGAGUUCCUAGAUGAUGAUGGCGCUGAAAGUGAUGACAGCAUACACACAAUGACAGAAGCAGAGUCGCGCAUAUCUCACAAGAAAUUUGGUGCUAUACGAAAGGCAGGGUGGUUGGUGGUGAAGAACUGGCUGACACAGAGGAAGAGGAAGUUGGAGCUGGCACCCAAGAGGAAGUGGAAGCGUUACUGGGUGUGUCUAAAGGGCACCGUGCUACUCUUCUUUGACUGUGACGAGGAAACCUUGAUAGAUGAAAACACAAUCCCAAGGCAUAUUCUAGUCAUUGAAGGGGGGAUAACCCAGGCAGUCCCAGAGCAUCCUAAGAGAGAUAACAUAUUCUCCCUAAGCACUGCCUUCGGUGAUGCCUACCUGUUUCAGGCUCUAUCCCCUACUGAGGUAGACAGCUGGAUUUGUGCUGUACAUUCAGCAUGUGCCUCUGCGUUUGCACGGCAGCAUGGGAAGGACAAUACUCUACGGCUGAUGAAGAGCGAGCUACACAAACUGGAAACCAACAUUGAUGUGGACGUGAAGAUGAAGAAAAUGGCAGAACUCCAGUUGACAGUUGUCAAGGAUCCACGUAGUCGUCAGGCCAUCAUUAAACAGAUCAGCCAAUGGGAAGAGAACCUGGAGAAGCUAUUUAUAGAACAGUACCGCCUGCGAUGUUACAUUUCCUCUCUACAAGGGACAGAACUGCCCAACCCCAAGGUCCUCCUUGCCAGUGCAUCCAAGUCCACUAAGACGACCCUCGGGAGGCUUGGGAUCUUCACUGUGACGUCCUUCCAUGCUCUUGUGUGUGCCAGGAAGCCGCUUGUGGUACCCAACAUCUAUGGCAAAGGUCACCACAAGGGGGGAAUGCUCUCCCCACGGGGGGAUGGCACCUUUAGAUACAACAUAAAGCCAAGCCCUUCAAAGAGCCUCAGUACUGAUGGUGUGUACAAGGCUACAGACUUUGACGAGGUUGUAGCUGAUCUAUACAAGGACAUACCUGAUGGCAUCUCUGACAAGUCAGAAGAAAGCGCCAUAAUGGAAACACUGUCUCGCAUAGCUUUACCUAAUAACCAGAACAUUUUGGUAGGAGUGGACAAGAAGACCUCAGUUCAGCACCUGCUAGAGUCUGUGUGUAGUAAGAGACAGCUCAAUCCCUCAGACCAUUAUGUACGAAUAAAAAUGCCAAACGCGCCGCAAGGAAACUACUAUAUACCAGAUAUGCAAGACAACAUUAAGAAACUGAAAUACGAGUCCAUAGAAGUUUGCCAAAAAAGUGUGUUCCAGCUGGAUCUACAGAAGAGCGACUCGGAUACAGAAUUUGGGUUUGCUGUGGAGGCAGAGCUAGCAGAAGACAUAGAGCGUGACGACGAACUUCGAUUAUAUACCAGCAACGUCCUGCAGGCAGGAAUCGCUCACCGUACAGGUCUAAUUAUUGGUGAUGAGAUACUGGUCAUUAAUGGUAAGAUUGUGUCGGAGCUUGAUAUGGUGUAUAUAGAGGCCAUGUUACACGAGUCAAUGUCCCUUUGUCUGACCGUGCGGUCACUCCGCACACAGCCACCCCCUACCUCCAUCGCCGUGGAUCCCGCGGACAUUAACCGGAUGGUGUGUCCACCUCCACCCAGCCAGUCACGCAUCAGUGAGAAAAGUCUGGGAAAGCUCACCGUGCCUGCCCCUGUAGCUAACGGUGAUCACAAAAAUAUGUCGUCUCCAAAGCAUGAGUCAAUGCCAAACCUGUCACCGACCCAGAUUGACGCACUUGUAGAGAGUGCUGACCAGGUAACGGCCAUCUGUCGGACAGGAAGUGAUAAUGCCAUGACCAACACCGAUAUUGUCCAUAACUACAAACCUCUAUCUGAGUCCCAGAAACUCCGCAAGGUCAUUAUGGAGCUGAUCGAGACAGAGCGAGCCUAUGUGAAGGAUUUGAACUUCCUGACGGAGCGUUAUUUGGAGCCUCUGAAGCAGGAAACGUUUCUCACCUCUAAUGAGAUCGACCAGCUGUUCGGGAACAUCCAGGAGAUUGUGAUCUUCCAGAGACAGUUCCUGAAGAGUCUGGAGGAGGCCAUGCAGUUAGAGGAUGAAUUCUUCACCACAGAUGAUCCAAAAAAUUACAGGCGGGUAUUGUUCUCCCUGGGAGGCUCCUUCCUGUUCUACGCCAAUCACUUCAAAGUGUACAGUUCAUUUUGUGCCAGUCAUACCCGAUCUCAAAAAAUUCUCAAUCCAGAUGCCAACGAAGCACUGAGAAAGUUCCUCCACAUGAGGAAUCCGAAACAACAGCACUCAUCGACCCUGGAAUCGUACCUUAUCAAACCGAUACAGCGAAUACUGCGAUAUCCACUGUUACUACAGCAACUCUGUAACCUGACCGACCAGGACACCGACGAACAUUAUCAUCUGUCGGAAACACAUGAAUGUAUAGAGCGUUUCCGGACACUGAUUCCUGUGACAGAAGUGCAAGUCCAGGGAGGGAAGGUCUGCGACAUGGACAAACACUACUGGUGGGAGCUUGUCCACUCACGGUCAGACAAGGAGGGACGGCCAGAGAGGAUCUACCAGUUCUGUAACAGUUCGACAGAGGCUAAAUCUGACUUUAUGAAGAUAAUUCGUCAAACAAUACGUGAGAGUGUAAGGAAGAUGACUCUGCCGCAGGGAGGCAACGGGAAGACCAGCAAGAAUUACAUUCCAUAUGGUGGCAAACGUCUGGAGGGUCUGGUCGGGAGCAAUGUGCGCACGCUAAGAAAGAAACAGUCAAACAAGAUCCUGGACGGUGAGAGACAUUCUAUGGAAUUGGAUGGGAAAGUGAACUUGUUAGAAGGUGAUUCUUUUAGGACUCGCAGUAAAACAGUAGGCGAUUUAAAUGUUGACGAUUUGGACACUGAAUCGCAGACUGAGACGUACGUAGCAUACUCCGAGCCACAAAUCUCGGCAGACUCCAAGAGUUCUUGUUCUUCUAAUUCUAAUCUGAGCACAUCUAGUCGUAACAGUGGCUCAGCCAAGCUGACCUUCGCCAGUGCUAACCCAGUCACUCACUCGUCCAGCAGCAUCAGCUGUGACGAUGGUGGCUCCCCUGUAUGGAAACCUAGACAUGAAACUAUUUAUCGACCCAAGUUGUCUCCCCCUAGUUCUUCUGUUAGCAGUAAGGUGAACAGUUACAACAAACAUGUACAAAGUGAUAAAGCGUCUUCAAAUAUUCUGUAUAUAAGUGAUACAAACACUGUGGUCCUCAAACAGGCACCUCAAAGUGGGCUCAAAGACACAGAGUGCUGAUACACAGCUUCAGUGGCACUUUUCAAGGUCAAAGUUCAUGUGUAAAACUUGAAGUUCAACUACUCUACCAUAAAACUUACCUAGAUAUUUUGAAUAAUGUAUGCAAGAUUUAGAUUAAGUACCAGUGGAUAUCUAAUAUAUGGAAGAUUACUUUCAGAUGUGCAUUUAUAAUUAGCGUGCAAUGCUCAAGUUACUGUAUUUAUACAAAUUAUAAGGAAUUACUUUUAACUAUAAUCAGUGAUUGUAAAUGGUUAUAUGUGCAGAGUCUGUGAUUAUACAUACAAGUUUACAAUACUGUUUCACAACUCUGUAUCAUAAUUGUGAUCUGAUUUAACCUCAAAAUGAUAGGCUGAGCCUGAUGUAAGACUCACAGUGAUAGGCUGAGUCUGUUGUAAGCCUCACAGUGAUAGGCUAAGCCUAAUGUAAGCCUUACAGUGAUAGGCUGAACCUGAUGUAAGUCUCACAGUGAUAGUCUGAGCCUGAUGUAAGUCUCAUAGUGAUAGGCUGAACCUGAUGUAAGUCUCACAGUGAUAGGCUGAACCUGAUGUUAGUCUCACAGUGAUAGGCUGAGCCUGUUGUAAGCCUUACAGUGAUAGGCUGAGCCUGUUGUAAGUCUCACAGUGAUAGUCUGAGCCUGAUGUAAGUCUCAUAGUGAUAGGCUGAGCUUGAUGUAAGCCUUACAGUGAUAGGCUGAGCUUGAUGUAAGCCUUACAGUGAUAGACUGAGCUUAAUGUAAGCCUCAAAGUGAUAAGCUCAGCCGAAUGUAAGCCUCAAAGUGAUUGGCCUGUUAACCUCAGCCACAUACCGGAGGUGUAAUUACCAAACUUGUUCAAUCCUCUAUAUUUACAAAUGUUAUUAAUCCUUAUUCUUAUCUGUUUAAGUGGAUUGUUGUAACUGUUCUCAAUAUGCAGAUAUUUGAUAUUAAAGUCGAGAUUAUUUGUACUCUUAAGAAUAACUGAUAGCUAAUCCAGAAAGCUUUCCCAAGCACAAUUCUGUAUCCAAAGAAACCAUUUUUCUGGUGGAUUGCAUAGUAUUUUCAAUGUAUUGGUCUAGUGCUAUUACAAGUGUACUCACCCUUUUACACACUUUCUGGAUUUUAGGUGUUAUGCAAAAUGAAUAUUAAAUCUCAUGUAUUUUAAUCUUGCCUUUUAUUAUAAGAUAUGCCCAAUGUAAGCUUCAAUUGAUAGGAGUUUAUUACAGGCUGUAGAUACUGUAGAUACUCUCAAACAACACAGGGAUUUAACAACAUGGUAAAUAUGGAAGGCAAGUGUUCUUCUAUGAGGUCAACCCACCAAUAUAACUUUCAUAUCAAAAUUACUUUCUUAACAUAAUAUUGUAAUUGGUAGAAGCUUCCCCAAUGGUAUUCCUAUAGACCCAAACAGAGUUGUCUUCCCUUGACGUUUAAUGAAUUGCUUGAGAUCCAAAUAUGGGUUUGACUGAAAUUGACCAACAUUGCAGGCUCCAGCAAAUCUCUCCGAUCAGCUGUUAAUUUUUAUUUACCUGCAGUUGUGGUCAUGUUUGACAGGUUAGAUUUCAAUAAUCAAACUCAGAUGAGUCGUAUUGGCCCAAGUCAUUUACACUGUAGUGGUUAAAAUAUGUGUCCACUCUGUAGUGUGUGAUUUCCUGUAAACAUUGUCAUGUGAAAAUGUGGCUCCAGUCUUGAUUGGCCUGAUUUGUGAGUUGUGUACGUGUAACUGUAACCUCCUGCUGUAUCCUUUGUGAGUCCUCACACUGUUUAUAUAUAUAUGUAUAUGUACAUAUUUAAGAUACUAGUCAGUCCUUAUAUGGAGUUCUGUGUGUAUAUACUGUUAUUAUAUGGAAUUCUAUGUGUGUAUACUGUUAUAUGUAUUGAUAUGUCGUUAUAUGUAUCUGACUGUUUUAAUUGCCCAUUUCAGUGUCUAGUAGGACUUGUGAGGAGAACCAAGAGGUAAUUUAGCACUUGUAUCAAACUUAGCUUCUCAUAAAACAUCCUAGCGAAUCGUGGUAGCUAUUGUACCUAUACAAACUUGCAUCUUGUGUUUUGAUUGUGGCUGUAUAUGUACAUAUAUAUACAUACGACACCUGGGCACACCUGGGCAGGUGUAUGACCCCCCACCUACACCGGGCUACUAUGGAUACUCGUCCUCCCAAUGUGUCCCCCUGUUUUUGGUUUAUUCUGAUCCUGUAGAAACAUUGAUAUGGUGCUGGAACAUGAUGAAGGUGUCUUGCAUGAUAGUGCUAUUUCACUGGUUUGAGUUGUCGCUAUGACAUCCUUUAAGUAAUGUAUUUUGUGAUGAUGAUGUACAUUUUUUGCCAAAGUUAUCUGAAUCUCUAUUUGUUCAAAUUUUUCAGUUUUAUUAAGAAUAUUCUUAUCAUAAAACCUUAGAAUUGAAAAAGACACUCAAGUUGAAAGAGAUAUCACAUUGUUCUGAAAGUAUUCCAAAUUGUGCAUAAUUAUUCACAGAGUUUUAAGGGAUUUUUAAAUAUGAGUAUAGAUUUUUUUCAAGAACUUAAAAAAAAUUGACUGAUUUCUUUUAUAUACUAUUGAAAUGCCAUUUGGAUGAAAUACAAGAAAAGCAAUUAAAGAUAAUUUUCAUUUGAAUGUCUUUUUAACUUCUAAGGUCAGAUAUAAAUGAGAAUAUUAUGAUGUUAUAUAUAAAUACAUGUUAUUAAAGUAGAUAAUCACUGUCAUAUCCCAUAUCUCAUUUACUCAUUUCAUUUCCAGCAUUGCAUGCAUAGGAUGGUAUGGAUGGAGAGUUAGUAGAUAGUGUGGUAUUAAGGUCAGCACUCAGGGGUUGGGUAGAGCAUGAUUUAUACUUCCUAGAAUACUUCUCAAACUUUUAACAUUGAUUUUAUGCCAAUAUAAUUUUACCAUUAAAUAUAUUCUUCCUAAAAUUGACAUUUACUAUUAAACUUCAAUUUCUUUAAUUUUUGUAUUAAAUUUAUGCAAGAGAAGAUUUUUG